CCUGAGUAUGCGAAUCGGCGGAAAAUGGACUUCGACGUACUUCUGCGGCGGAAGCCAUAGCUCUCGCCACGAGAGCGCAACGUUGCUCGUGUCGUGGGGGUGGGUUUGAGGUUCGACACGAGUAACCGGUGGAUAGCCGUCCUCGAAGAAUAUGUUCGCGCAGCCAGAUAAUGAAUAGUAUGCCCGUCCCAGAAUGCUGCCAAUGUGGAAGAUUGCGAUGAAUCGCAGUCCAGAACUCCGAGUAUCUAAUUUAUCACAGCAAAAUCAACCGCCGUUAUACCAUUAUAGAAAGCGUGGAGUCGGGCGGCGAGCGGUCUUGAGGGCCUGUUGGCUGGCUCAUUCGAUGUCAGGGGCGGGGGGCGAUGAUGGACUUCGCAAGUCUCGAUCAGCGGCGGGCAACGGGAGGGAGGCCGAUGGCACUUCUAAAGGGGGUCGGGCGCAGGCGGUCAGGACAGGUCCUGGGUGUUCUUUGUCGGGUUGGAGAGGUGCGGUGAGCGGACGAGAGCUGUCGGCCAGGAGGAGGAGCUGUCCUGCAGCAGAGAAGAGCCGCACACUUGUCGGGGCGCAGACAGAGGCCCGGUUCCGCUGCAGAUAUGCGCGAUGGAAGAAGCUGAAGGGGCCACACAGCAGAAGCUUGGCGGAAGGAGGAGUUGGGGUUUUGGAUGGCUGCGGACCGCGGCGAUGGGAGUGUCGCAAAAGCAGGAGGCCUAUGCACGGCCGCGCUGGAAGCUGCAAUCUGCAAUUCCAACAGAGUUCCCCUCGAAUUGCGUAAUGCAGGGCUACGGGGAGAUCAUGGCGAGGAGAGCGGAAAGUAACAGAGCGUCGUGAGGCCUCUGCGUACAAGACACGGGGGUAGG